AUGCUCACCGCGCCCCCUCUGAGGAAGGUCCCGGCCGACGGGCGAGGCCCGGCGCCGCCCCCGCCGCCCCAGUCGGGGGACGCCGCGGAGGACCUCGAGCUGCGGCGGCUCGGGCAGCAGCUGCGCGAGCAAAGGGCGCAGGCGGAGGCGGCCCGGGCGGACGCCGACAGCGCGCGGGGGGAGCUGCGACGGGCCCAGGAGCGCGGCGGCCGCCGCGCAGGCCAAGGGCGAGGCGAGGCUGCGGGAGGCGGAGGCCGAGCUGCGGCACGCGCGGGCCGAGCUGCAGGAGGCCAGGGCGCCGCGCGAGGCCUCGGCGAGGGCGGGUCUCGGCGGGCCGGCGGGGCUCUUCAACGCGCUGCCGGGGCAGCGCGCGCUGGCGCUGCUGAUAGGCGCGGGCGGCGGGCGGCAGGCAAGCCUGAACCCCACCCUGACUCAUUCGCGCGUGUGGGCGUCGCAUCCGCGGGGAUCCUCCUCAGCAGCCUGCUGGCGGCUGGCUCGGCGGGGUGCUUCGCUUUCGUCGGCGCCCAGCAGAGGGAGCCCUGCCUCAUGAACGGCGUGGCCGCGCUGGCCGGCGGGGGGGCGCCGGUCGGCGGGUACAUCAUGUGGCUCGGGCUCCUGGCGAUCGGCAUCUGGCGUUGGGUCACGGGGUUCUCGAUCGUCCUGUUCGCGGUGGCGGACGAGGUGUCGCCGCUCGAGGUGCAGCGCGCGCACCUCGCCCUGUGCCGGGUGGAAGAGGAGGAGGUCCCCAUGGGCACCUGGCAGCGCGACGCGCCUCCCCUGGAGAGGCCGCUGCUCACGCUCCAGAGCACGCAGGGGUCGCCCUGGCUGCCGCGCAUCGGCCGGUUCCGAGACCCCGAGGGCCAGAUGGUGCAGGUGAUGUGA